AUGGAUCAGCAAAAGCCCCCGGAAUUCAUCCUCGACGUCUUUACGGAUCCUCGAUCUGUUCGCGACGUGGUUAAAGGCAUACUGCACACAAUCUUCUUUAACCGAUUCUUCCCUUCUCUCGCCCCCCGAACGCACGAGGUCUUGGAUGUCACUCUCCCCUACGUCAACGACGAUGAGCUGGAGACGCUGAUCGAACAGCGCGCCUAUGCGCUCGAGCGCCAGCUCGAUGCCGAACGAUUGUCCAAUUCGGGUGGCCAGGCCGGAGGUGCGCCGGCCAAGGGAGACAAACUGAGCGGCGCCGGCCUGGGCGACGGCGGCAGCGGUGGAAGGGGCCAGAUCACCGUCCAGUUCUUUGAGCGAAAGCGCAAGAAGGCGUGGCUGGUUGGCCGCGGAGACGAGGAGGUCUGCUGGGAAACAUGGACAAUCAAGGUGACCGUUGCUGAACCGAGAACUGAAAACGAACGUGCCAAGGUCCGCAGAGCCAUGGAGCAAACCCUCUUCGCCACAGCCAUGAAAAUCGUCACCUUUGUCAACACCCACAAAGACCACAUCCCGCCCAUCACCACCCAGGGCGGCAACCCUUUCCCCUACAAGAUUAACCUCGAGUCCAAGGAAACCAGCUGGGUAUCUCGCAUACGCAUCUACUAGAACUGAGCAAAAAAAGAAAAAAACAAGCCAACAAACAAACUGGGCCACCAUCUUUUUUAUGACACGCCAACUCGAAAUGACUCUCUUUACACAUCAUUCUCUAACCCCUCAUUUUCGCGACAUUUUUUCAGCCAAGCAAACGGGCUACAAUGACAGAAUAAAAAGGUUCGACUGAUAGAUUUUUAUUUUUGGAUUUUCUUGGGAGGGAGGGGGAGGCUGCGCAUGCACCCGGUUAGGGGCUUUUCGAUGUAGGCAGCUGUAUAUAUGAGCUCUACACGAGGCGUUUGGGUGUCGGCAUGGGAGAAGACAUGUUAUUUUUACAGCUUAAUGCACGAUCCAAAGGUAGAUACCCCCCAGAGUUCACACGACACGCAUUGCACACACAGUCAUGUGCAGUGUUACACGGAGCAGGCUGGGGGAAACAGAUGAAGCAGGCUUAAUGAUGCAUAUUGGCUCAGCCUGAGUUACAAGUCUUACGCCGGUAGCUAUGAAGCACUAGACAGACACGAUAAUGGUGCAGUAAACAAUACAAAGUUGAAAGC